GAAGGCAGACAUGGAGGAGCUUAGCGCCGUGGGAGAGCAGGUUUUUGAUGCGGAAUGCAUUUUGAGCAAACGACUGAGGAAGGGAAAGUUGGAGUAUCUGGUGAAGUGGAGGGGAUGGUCAUCCAAACACAACAGCUGGGAGCCUCAAGAAAACAUCCUCGAUCCGAGACUGUUGGCUGCCUUCAACAAAAAAGAGCAAGAAAAGGAGCUUCUGAUGCUUAAACGAGGAAAACGGCCUCGAGGACGACCACGGAAAAUUGUAGAUAAUGUACCUGAAGCUCCAAAGUCAAGCAGCUCUUCAUCUGCCUCUUCCUCAUCGUCCUCCGAUUCCUCAUCCUCAUGCUCUUCUUCUUCGUCAUCAUCAGAUGAUGAUGAUGACGAAAGGGAUGAUAAACAGGCGAGCCUGAGUGUCAGAACAAGAGACCUGCAUCCUGUCCCUCAGAAGAAGGCACAGAUCGUCAUGGCGAAACAGGAGCCCCCGAAGAAACGAAGCAGGAAGCCCCUUCCUCCGGAAGUUAAGGAAUUCCACCAGAGCAAGGGAGCUCGCAAAGUCCUGAAGACGACCAAAGAUAUUGAAAUUCCAGGUGCGAUCAAGAAGCCUGCUCACCCAGCGAGCUUUACCUUUAUGGGUUUCCAUCGUGGCUCGACCAGGGAUACAGUGGGUCCGAACAGAAACCCGGUCACUCAGGGAGCAACAGUGAAAACCUCCAUGAGCUCUGCUGGGCCUGGCAGGUCCUCAGCCCAAACUGCCUCCCUCCCACUGAACAAGCCCAGCCAGAGAAGUGUGACAGAAAGAAAAAUCUCCAUCUCCAGCAUGAGCAGUGGGACAAGUCUUGAUUUGAAAACAGCUGCAAGUAAAUCAAAAGGGGUGGCAGCACUGAAUCUGAACACUUCCAAACAUCCCAUUCAAGGAACCACUCAGCAUACUCUAAGCCCACCCAAUGGACAAAAGAAACCCCUGCCCCCUGUGUCAACAGUGCAGCGGACGCCUGGUACUAAAUCCACAGCUUGUUUACCACCUAAAAACACCCCAUCCAGCCAAGGUUCUGGUCCUCAGCCCCUCAACCUUCAGAACAAACUGUGUCAAAGCAGCGAGGCCUCUGGAAACAGCACUACGCCACUGUCAGGCCUGAGAAACGCAACAAACCCAGCAAGGAAGACCACUGUCUCACACAAUCAGGAGUUUGAUCCUCCAAAGAGUCCAGCAAAACCCGGGAGACUGCCGGCUAGAAAAACCCAGCCUGGAGGAGACAAAGUCCGGGAGACGAAAGAAAUCCAAACCUCCAGGGUCCAAGGCAGGUUGGAUAAAUCCUGUAUAGAGAUUCAGAACCAGCAGGAGAGAUUUGCCUCCAAAGCCAGCAAGAAAGCAAAAAUGACCGACAUGAGUACAGGCGAGGAGGAGAGCAGCUCAGACUCAGACCACAACUCUUCUUGUGCUGGACAGGGCCGCUCUGUCGCGGUCCAGAACCAGGACUGGAAGCCCACACGCAGUCUGAUCGAGCAUGUCUUUGUGACGGAUGUCACUGCUAACCUGGUCACCGUCACAGUCAAAGAAUCACCAACCAGCGUGGGCUUCUUUAGCAUUCGCAACUACUGACCCGAUCAUCUUUUAAGCUGUCGGAGUCGACUUGGAUUCUGAAAGAACUGGAUGAAAAACCAGCAGGAGAAACAAAUCAGGGAAUGAAAGUCAGGGGUAAUUUGUUCUUCCUCUGAGUUAAAUUUUUUUUAAAUAUUUAACAAUGAGAAAAAAACAACAAACGUAAAACUUGCUGCAUACUCCUCGAGAAGCGAGAACUUUGUUCUAUUUUUAGAGGCCGUGAGAACAAGAAAAAAAGUUUGUAUUGAUCCAAUCAUUUCAUACUCCACGAGAAGCUUCGUCUGCGACGGGGCAGGAUUACUGCAGGGGGAUGUCUGUGUUUUUAUGUGCAAUAAACAGUUCACCGGGUUAUUUCAUAUUUAACGAGAAACUUCGUCCAUGGCAGGACAGGGUUGUGCAUGCGGCGGGGUCCAGGUCUUUAAAUCUCACGUGUUUACAUUUACGUACUUUUUCACAGACUCGAUCAGCUGUUGAAGCAAACAACUUUCGGCUUCGCUUUACCUACGCCCACCUCAAAUGUCCGAUCAAUCACAAUAUGUCCCGGAGCCCCACGAGAAGAAAGUCCUGCUCGGCCGAUGUUUCGAGAACUAUCCCUAUUCACGUCUCAUGGCCUCAAGAACAAGAACAAAGUUCUCGCGGAAUUUGUAACAGCCUUCGCUAUUUAUUUGCUCAUGUCUAAAAACAUUUUGGCCUCAUUCAACGAUACAACCUUCGUGACAUUAGUGAGUCUAGUAGUUUGCCACUGAGGCCAUGAAGGAGAGAUAAGUUAUUCAACAUGAUCAUUUCUAAAGAAGAUAAAACUUAAGUGUCCUGCAGAAUCAUUUUAAUUUUCGUUUUGUCUCCAUUUGUAGCUGCUUUCAUUGCCGACAUUGGUCAAUUUAAAGCCUAAAGUGCUGCCUUUCGGUUAACAAGUUAAUCCCACCCUAAAAGAUGCCAUGGUUUAUCUAUAUUUCUCUAAAUGUGACCAUAUUGUAAAAAAGAUCCACAUCAAACUUUCUUAAAUAAGAUGUAAAAAAGACCACAAAUUCAUUAUUUUAUUGUAUUUUAUUUAAUUUUGUAGUCAUAGUAAACCACAUGCAUCCCUCCAGGUAGAAUUGCUGCACAGGCUGUUUUUCAGAUAGAAGGCUACACCCAUCUGUUUUUACAGUCUGUGGUUAUAUUGCAGCACAGUGAAUAAAAAAGAAUGUCUUCAUGAAAGGUGGGGAUGAACAGGAAGGUAAAGACUAGUUUAAAAUAGUCUGUAUUAUGAAUCCAUAUUCAUUAUAACUGCUGUAAGCCAGUUUUAAGUUCUUUGUAAUACUGAGUCGAUAGAAUUGCUAUUUUUGUAGUUUUAUGAAUUAGCUACCUCCGUUUUGUCAGUAUGUGCUAAACAUGUAUAUUCCUUUCUUUCGGGGUAGUUUAACCUUUCCUUCCAGGGUAUUUUCCAUGUUGAAGUGAGCCUCAAAGAGAACUUUAAUUCCACUGUACAGCCAAUUUAUCACUGCUGUUUUCCAAACAGGCUGCAGCAUAUGGGGAGUCAGAUAAAGUAUCUCCGUUCACUCCACCCCCUCUUUCUCUCAAACUGUCAGAUAAGACUCAGGCCUGGUUGAUUUUUGCUCCUCUGCUUUCACAUCAGUCCUCUCCGUCUAGAUUUGCACCAGCAACUUCAGUUGUCUCAGACUAAAACUAGAAAUGAUGACGGACAGCACAUCAGUCUGCCAGCUUCAUCUUCCCGUAAACCUUUUAAACAACUGAAGCUCGAUAAUGUCUGAGCUGGCAUUGUUUGUCAUGACUGUAAAGCAGAUUUCAUCAUAUCUGUGUACUAAAGUUUCAACAUUUCCAGAUCCUAGAUUAUAGUCCUUCAGUACAGAAGAGGUUUUUGGUAACUUGAAUCUGCGGAUGUUUGAUUCCACCCUCAUGUAAGAGUUCCGGAGCUGCAGGCUCUGCCCUGCCUUAGGGGGGCGGGAAGGUCUUUAUCUGAUGUAACGAAAAAGAAACUGCAACAAUACGCGCUACUUUCUGUUCCCCUGAGACAAGUUCAGCAACAAAGCACUUCGACUGAACUCUUCUGUCUAAUCCUGCUCUGCAGGCUGUGCCUUUCUUUCUCAGAGACUAAACACAAAGGCAUUACCCCAAAGAUAGCUAGAAUUUCAGGCCACUGAAUAAAAGUUACCCCCGUUGCAGAGCAUGGAGAUUGUACCUUUUUAUGUACUUUGUCUCUGCUCUUUGAAAUGGGAGGGUGGAAACUGCGAGUGUAUGCAACACCUGAAUCUAUGAUGGAAAUCUGGUUAAGAUCCAAGUUAUUGAAGUCUGUUUCACUGCAGGACCAAGUUGUGUGUUUCUGGUGAAAACUGUGUUUGGUGUCUUCUGUAAUGCACAGUUGACUUUCAAAGAAAUGCACCUGCAGGCAGUAGCAAUAAGGUUAGUGUGGGCUUAUCAGGAUAUCUUUACUGCACCAUGUACAGGGUAUGGUAAUGCGGUCUUACGGUGUAAUGUCAGCGUGUUAUGUUAUCUUUUAUGAUAUCUCCUUUUUUGUAUUCAUGUAAAAGGUCUCUGCAUAAACUUGUUACCAGCUGUGGUUUUCUUUAGGUUUACUAACCAUCUCAAUGGGAUGUUGUUCUCUUUGCAAGCUAUUUAUUUUGAAUUCAAAGCCUUUAGGACAGUGUCAUUAAUCCUUGGAUUGUGCCAUUUGUCAUAUUUACUAAUAAAUAGUAUAAAUACA